UCAUUACACAGCCGGCAGCCAGUAGAGGGUUUAUACUUCUGUGCACUUAAAAGUAGAAGGGUUUGUGUGCACCCAGUCCACAGAGAUUUCUGUGUAGUUUUGGCUAAAGGACUACAGUUCAUCCUGACUAAGACUCUUCAGUCUGACUCCUCAUAGUGCUGAAGCAAUCUCCUGCUGGAGCUGACGUCUGCUGGGUUGGUGAAGAUGCAUCACAUCACCUGGACAGCCUUGCUGCUGUCAGUCACUCUGUCUGUGAGUUAUGGAGGUAACGUGCUGGUGUUCCCGUUAGAUGGCAGCCACUGGGUGAACAUGAAGGUCAUCAUUGAGGAGCUGCACUCCCGAGGCCACAGCAUUACUGUAGUGCGAGCCUCAGACAGCUGGUACAUUAAAGAGGAGUCUCCCCACUACAGUGCCAUCACCAUCCCCACCGCUGGAGGCUUUGAUGAGGAGUUCUUUGGCACCUUUGUCAAUAGACUACUGAAUAUACGGAAAGAACAAAAGUUUUUCUGGAGUCGCUUGAUACUUGAGUUUGAAGUUAUUGAAAAGUUCUCAGAGAUGCAUCGGCAAAUGUGUGAGAUGAUGACAAUGAUGUUUCAAGAUGAUGUCCUCAUGAAAUCUCUCACAGAUGCCAAGUUUGACGUCGUCCUAACUGAUCCAGGGACAGGAGGUGGAGUGCUCUUAGCUCGACGUCUCAAUCUUCCGUUGGUGUUAAACGUGAGGUGGACUGUCCAUGGAGAGGCCCACUUUGCCAUUGCUCCCUCCCCUCUCUCCUAUGUCCCCUACCCAGGAGCUGAGCUGACAGACAAGAUGACUUUCUCUCAGAGGGUUCAGAACAUGCUGACAUAUGCCUUCGGUUUAUUUCAAAUUGCAACCAUUGUUACUCCCCACUACACAGCUUUCUGCAAACGUUUCUUUGGUCCUGAGGUUGACUACUUCUCCUUGUUCCAGGAUGCUGAUAUCUGGCUCAUGAGGAAUGACUUCACCUUUGAGUUUCCACGCCCAACCAUGCCCAAUGUGGUCUAUAUGAGUGGGUUCCAAUGCAAGCCUGCCAGACCACUUCCUGUUGACCUGGAAGAGUUUGUCCAAAGGUCAGGGGAGCAUGGGGUCAUCAUCAUGUCCCUGGGAACUCUGUUUGCAGAGCUCCCUAGUGACAUCACUGAGGAGAUUGCGGCGGCUUUUGCUCAGCUUCCCCAAAAGGUCAUCUGGAGACAUAAAGGGGCCAAGCCCUCGAGUCUUGGCAACAACACCUUACUGGUGGACUGGAUGCCCCAAAAUGACCUGCUGGGACACCCAAAGACUAAAGUGUUUGUAGCACAUGGGGGCACCAAUGGUGUCCAAGAGGCAAUCUACCAUGGCGUGCCGAUAGCUGGCCUUCCCUUAGUGUUCGAUCAGCCUGAUAAUCUGUCCAGAAUGGAGAGAAGAGGAACCGCUAAGGUAGUGGACAUUGCCAUUCUGGACAGAGCAGUGUUUGUGGAGGCGUUAAGGGCAGUGCUGUAUGAGCCGUCCUACAGGGAGAACAUGCAGAGGCUCUCCAGGAUCCACCAUGACCAGCCCAUGAAGCCUCUGGACCGCGCCAUUUUCUGGAUAGAGUACGUCAUGAGGAAUGGAGGCGCCCCUCACCUGCGCACACAGUCCUUCAGGAUGUCCUGGAUGGCUUAUCAUUCUAUAGACGUCAUACUGACUCUACUGAUGGCUUUGCUCCUUUUACUAUUCAUUAUGUUCCUGGCCAUCAAGAAAUGUUAUUCAGUUUUAUUCAAAAAGAAAGUCAAAUGUGAGUAAUAUUAUUGUCUUUCACAUUGUUUGUAAAGUUCGUAGUCAAAGUUAUUACAUUUUCUUUUAAAGUUAUUCGAAAGGAAAGUCAAAUGUGAACAAUAUUAUUGUCUUUCACUUUUUCUAAUAAAAACAUGUGUUUCAAGUUAUUCAUCAAGGUGUGGUCAUACUGAACUAACACUACAACCAUGGAAGGUGAAAGACCAGUUUGAGACAUGUUAUUUAAGUAAUUUCUAUUUUCCCUGUACAGAUUCAAAUCUGAUUAAUGUUAUUGUCUUUCACUUUGUAAAGUUGUAAAGUCAUUGAAAAAUGUGAAUAGCAUUUGUUUCUGGCCAUAAUGUCACAAUAGCACUUAUGGAGUAAAUACGUUUUAUCUUAAUCUACCAAAUGGUAACACUGAAUAUUGUCUGCAUUUGGUUUCAUUGUCUGUAAAGCACUGGGAUUGAUUAGUCCCUCUGACAAUAGGAAUCUACUGAACCACAUAUAUUUGAUAGGAAGAGAUCGAACGGGGAAUGUGAAAUGUUGGGGUUCUUGAACAGGCACGAUCGUCAAAUGAAUUACUUGUCUAAAGGUCAACUUUCACUCAUAUCCUUAUUGUUUACAGUGUUAGGUUUCCUCUACUAAAUACAGAGAAAUGUGACAAAACUUACAAUAUGAACAGAUUAUAAAAAUUGGGAAGCUGGAUAUUUCAGCUAACAUAUAGAUAUUGAAUAUUUUGUAUUUGAUGUGCAGUUCUGAGUCAUUCUACUCAUCAGUCACACUAAUUGAAUGUCGUCGCCACUUUGUAUGCAGCAGAUUAGCAUUUUAGCAUGUUCCGGUUUCAAAGGAAAAUCCCUUUGAGAGAA